AUGGCUGAACCGGUAUAUAAAGAGAUCGCUCGCCGGAAACAGGCACAGCUCGAGUCCAAGAUACCGCAAAGCUGGCGUCUUCCCGCUCGAUGGAUACCCGCUGGUACUCUUUCGGUUGAAGAGUCAAUCACCAAUACUCGUGGAUAUGACCAGUCAGACAUCACUGAUAUUCCAAGACGAUGUGGCCUGUUGACAGCCAGGGAGCUUGAGAUUACGGAAUCAUGGGACGUUAAGGGAAUACUAGCAGAGAUCGCGAGCGGAAAGCUCUCCUCGAAGGAUGUCUGUCAAGCCUUUUGUAAACUAACAAGGUGUCUUGCAGAACCUCUGUUCGACGACGCCCUGAAGCGUGCAGAGAAGUUGGAUGAGCAUCUCAAGAGUUCUGGGACGACAUACGGUCGUCUACAUGGCCUGCCAGUAUCUGUCAAGGAUACAUUUGACAUUGAAGGUGUUGACUCCACCACUGGCCUUGCGGCUCUUGCAUUCAAACCUGCGAAAAAGAAUGCACCUCUCGUCGAUCUUCUCUACUCACUGGGGGCUGUCAUCAUUGGGAAGACGAAUGUUCCACAGACCAUGGGAGCACUGGAUAGCGUCAACAACCUCUUUGGCAGGACGUUGAACCCAUUGAACCGGAAGCUGACCGCUGGUGGUAGCUCUGGUGGGGAGGCCGUCACGGUCUUGAUGCGAGGCUCUAUGAUUGGUAUGGGAACCGACAUUGGCGGUAGUAUCCGUGUUCCCGCCAUGUGUGAAGGUCUCUACGGCUUCAAACCUAGCGUUGGUCGUGUCCCGUUUGGUGGGCAAGAGGCUUGUUCUGUCCCUGGGCGCAGCAGGGCGAGUCUCCAGGCUGUCGCGGGCCCCCUGGCAAGGUCAAUGGAUGAUAUUGAUACCGUGAUGAAAGAGAUAGUCUCUAGAUCAGAGCUCUGGGGUGAAGAUUGUAUACCUGGUCGAUGGGAAUCGGAAACACCAAAGUCAUCCGAACUUACGGUCGGAAUACUACGAUCCGAUGGCCGAACCCCUCCAUUGCCUCCCAUCGCGAAACUUUUGGAAGAAGUUGCUCAAACUCUCCGCAAUACUGAUGGAAUAAAGGUCGUUGAAAUACCCGUACCACCUGAGCUAGGGGAAUGCCAAGGUGUAGCUAAUUCUUUGAUGGGUGUUGAUGGCGCCCAAUAUAUGAUGGACCUAUUGGAGAGUACGUCAGAGGAGCUCAUUCCAUGGCUCAAAGGACGCACUAAACGAGGAAACCCCAGAACUCUCGCUGAUCUCUCUAAGAUCCAAGCAAAGCGUUCCCAUAUCGAGAGGCAACUUAUGAAGAUGUGGACUUUUCCUGGGUCUGAUAAGACUAGGCGUGUCGACGCUAUAAUACAUCCUGUUGCUCCUCACCCCGUGCCGGAAAUUGAUCGAUAUAAUGCGGUGGGAUAUUGUUCGUCCUUUGUCCUAGUCGACUACCCUGCCGGUAAUUUGCCCGUCCGAAAAUUCACUGAGCAAGACUUGGAAACGGGCAAGGAGAUGGACUCCAAGAUCCUGUCGAGUUGGGACAAGAGGAAUCGAGAAUUGUGGAACUCAAACACUGUUGACCGUCGAGUCUACCUCAACUCCCCUCUUUCAAUCCAGGUCCUUACACCGAAAUUACAUGACUACGACUUGUAUUAUGCUAUGGACACGAUUGACCGAGCUUUGAAAGCCGGAAAGCGUGUUCAUUCUCAUCUAUGA